AACCUUUGCUCAGUGACGAUGACGACGAACACUUUGUUGUGGCGGACCAACAUGGCCGCGCUGAGGAGUGUGACAUCUUGCUACCGUCUCCUCAGGAACUCAGCCCGUGUCCUGUUAAGCAGCAGAAAGCCUGCAGUCCACAAACCGGGGAAAUGGACCAAUAUUCUGUACACAAGUAUAGCCUCUUUAGCUGUGGGCGGUGGGCUGUGUGCUAUACCUUUCAGACAGCAGGUUGAAAACCUCUCUCAUGACUCUCUGAUAAAGCGAGCAGCCUCCCUGGCAACAGACAGUUCAAGCACUUUUCUUUCUCAGACCACUUUGGCCCUCAUAGAUGCCAUCACAGAGUACUCCAAAGCUGUGCACACACUCGUUGCCCUCCAAAAACGAUAUUUGGACUCACUGGGAAAACUGACUCCAGCAGAAGAGGAUACAAUCUGGCAGGUGAUCAUCGGCCAGCGUUCAGAGGUUAAUGACAGACAGGAUGAAUGCAAGCGUUUUGAGUCAACCUGGAUGAGUGCAGUCAAGCUGUGUGAAACAGCAGCCGAGGCAGCGUACUCCUCAGGAGCUGAACAUGCGUGCAUCACAGUGAGGACGAACGUUCAGUUGGCCCUGACGCAGGUGGAGGAGGCACAGAAACUGUCGGCGGACGCGGAUAAGAAGCUGGCCGAGACGAAAGUAAUGGAGGUUGAACGGGUGGCACGACAUGCCGUGUCCUCAGAGAAUAGUGAUGAGGAAGACGUGCCUGAGGCUUAUCUGAGAGAAGACUGAAACAAAUACCUAAAGGUGUCAGAAAACAGAAGGAAGCAUGAAAAAGAUUUAUUUACCUUCAAAGUAAAUAACUUUUUAUCAUCCUUUCAGUGUCUUCUCUCCUUUCCAGUCUGUAACACGUUUGGCUCUGGGAUUUGUCAUUUCGAUUCUGCUCAAAUUUACGUGCUUAAAUCUGAACCUAAACUGCAAAAUGAGGACAUCAUCUCCAUAAUUCAGCACCUCUGUUUGCGUGUUUGGUCAUUUAAGCCUAUUUAUUUGAAUAAUGACAAUCACCUGCUUGUGCUGUGACAAAGAUUAUGUUUCCAAUCUGUUGUUUAUUGUAUUGUGACUCGACCAGCAUCUGAUUUUUGUGUUCAGUUUUUCAUAAUUCAUUGUAAUAAAGACAAAACAAAGAGGCUA